AUGCCGAUCAAGCUUCUCCAGCACAAGUCAUGGCACGUCUACAGUGCCGAAAACAUCGCUCGCGUUAAGCGGGACGAGGCGCGAGCGGCGGCGCAAGAGGAGGAGGAUGAGCAGCGGACGAUGCUGGCCGACUCGGAGGCGCGGCUCGACAGGCUGCGGAAGAAGGCGGAGUCAGCGAGCGGGAAGAAGCGGAAGCGGGACAGGGAUGAUGAGGGCGAGAAGGAACUUGAGCGCCAAUUGAAGGGGAAACAUCGGGCGGACGAGGAGGAAGAGCAGGUCAGGGCGACGAUAGUGCGACCAGAAGGCGGCAAGGGCGAUAAGAAGGAGGUGCCGAUGACGACGAACGGGCACCUCAAUUUCUGGGCAGACCUUGAAGCGGGGGGACAACCAGGUUCUGCGAAGCUCGAGUCACGGCUGAAGAAGGUGCUGGAAGCGGAACCGGACGACUCGCUCACCAAGGUCUUCCUGGCGAAAAAGGGAGAGGGCGAGCCGAAGGGCUGGUACGCAGCUGAGGACGGCAAGACGGAGAAGGAGCGGAAGCAAGGGGUUGAGGAGACUCUCGAGCGGACGUACCGCGACAACGAAUCGAAGCGAAUGUCUGACCCUCUCGCCCUCAUGAACACCUACCUUAAACGACGGGAAGACGUUCUCUCCGGCAAGCCUGCACCGACACCUCGACAGCCCUCGACGCGAGACCGCUACAUCGAGCCGACAGCAAGAACGGGCUCGAACCGUUCGUGGGACGACACGCCUCGGUCGAGCGUCUCAUCAUCCACGCACCGAAGCUCUCGCGGCGAGAAGAACGCCUUUGAGCCCGAGAUGCCGUCCCUCCUUCUGCCGAAACAUCGUCGACCGCCUCUGUCGGCAGGCACGCGUGCCGAGCGAUCAGAACCUGGACGAGACGAGCCUAACAUCGUUGGACACCGUAGCGCCCCGACCCGCGACCCGCAGCGGGAGGCGACCGAUCGUGUCUCGUCGGAGCGCGCACGAGCGGUCGCCCUCCUCGCAUCGCGUCGCAAGGCUGCGCUCUCGUCUUCGCUCUCGAGUGCUUCGACAACACCAGCUCGAAGCGAAGCGGGCGGAUUUGGCAUGUACAAUCGGGAGGAGACGAAAAAAGCAAAGGAGCGGCGGAGAGGCGGGUGGGGCGAACGGAAGGACCGGCGAGACGAGCGAGAAAAGGAUGGAUGGCGGCGCUGGGAGAAGCGGUGA